AUGAGCUCUAGUGCAGAAGCGAGGUCCAUCCUUCGGCCAAUCGUCGAUGAUUUUUUCAAAACUAUGGAAGAAAGGGAUAUUGAUAAAUUGUUCGCGUUCUAUGACCCGGACGCUGCCUUUGUUGAGAUUGGAAAGGGCGGAACCUGUGGAAAAGCAAUCAAACAAGAUUUGAUAAAAUGGGACGAACUUCAGGGGAAAACAACAUACAAGCUCGUAGGAGACAAGUACGAGAUGGCCGGGGACUUCAUUAUCAUCAUUACAGGACUCGAAGUCAAAAGCGAAAAAUUAGGUGAUAAAAAGGCUUUCAUAGCCAUUGUUGCAUCCUAUAUUGUCAAUUUCAACACAUUCUACGAAACGAGUUAUUCUUGUCUCAACAACGGCAAAGAUCGCAUACGAGUCGACAUCAUGAACUACACUUUGACCGCCUUGAAUUUUGUGACGUUCGUAUGGGUAGUUAUUCUCUACAUAGAAAAUAAGUGUUUCUCAAAAAAGCUCGACACACACCUCUCAAAACGCUACCAAAUCCAAGAAAACCUGGAAAGCACAAGAAUCACCAUAGUCCUGGGCUCCUUGCAGUUGCUGUUUUUCACUAUCCACCUUACUGUGAAUAUGCUAUUCACUUAUUAUUCACUUGUAGUAUCUAUUAUUAUGGGCUUGUUUAUAAGGAGGGAACGGCAAACAAAAAUCGCUUCACUUCGCGAAAAUAUUAACAAAUCUGCGAAAGGCACUCAAGGUUCUGAUUUCUACUUUGGACUCUACAGUAAACGAUGGUGA